AUGCCCAUCUCAACAUUUCCCGCAGAGCUCAUAUACCAUAUAUUAUCGCAAAUAUUUCCGCCAGAAGGGUGGGGCAAGUACUGGCCUCUGACGCGCUCUGUUCAUGAUGUCAAGCACUUCCUGAACCUGAGGCUUGUCUGCAAGGAGUUUGACAUGAUUGUUCUCGAUUACUUUUUGACAAAGGAGAUUCUUGCAGAGGACUUUGACCAGGCAUGUCUUCAGCGGCUGGACCCGCCAACGCCAGCGGCAAUCCGGAUGGGCCGUCGACUGCUAGCCCGGCAGAUUGAGCGAGAUAAGGCCCGGGACACUGGAAAUCCACUUGUACGUGAGAUCAUCGCGGUUGUGGACGCUGCUGUCAGCCAUCUACAAGACGGCCAACCGAGCCGAGACGACGUUGAGCAGCUGCGCGAGACGUAUACGCAGGGCCUGGUGACUGCCGUUAUUGGGUUCUCCGGGCUAUCGAAAACGGUCUUGGAAGGUAUGGUGAAGGGGACCAACACGCGGAGAUCGCAAGCCGCUUUGCGACGCCCCGGCCAAAGAUAUCUCAACCUGGCGUUGACAACCGCCGCAACACUAGGUCGUAUCGAGGACAUGAAGUUACUCAUGGAAAAAGGUGCAGAUCCUCUGUUUGAUGAACGGGGUGAAUGGAUUGGCACGCCGCUGUAUGGAGCAGCAAUUGGGGGCCAUAUAGACGCAAUCAACCUCCUGGUCAAUCAGGCAGGUGACGAUCUGAAUAGGGAUAGCAGAUAUUCAGGGCACACGCCCCUGCACUAUGCCGCACUGAAUGGGCAUGAGCAAUUGGUGCAGUGGCUUUUAAAGCACAAUGUCCAACCUGACGAGCGGAAUUAUUCUGACCAGACGCCACUAUUCUGCGCGGCAAGUAGUGGCUACGCCGGGAUUGUGAAGGAGCUGUUAGACUUCGAUCGCGAGCAAUCCGAGGAAUUUAUGGCGAAGCCACCGCAGACCGAAGGCGACAUGGCGUAUCACAAUGGGUACGUCGACUGGAUACGCACUAAUAUAGAGGGCAUUAACUUGAUUGACGUUGAUGCGGAGGAUUCUCGUGAAAGGACACCCUUGAUCAUGGCCGUGCAGAGGGGAUAUCUGAAGACUGUCGAAGAGCUCAUGGAAAGGGAGGAUCUGAACAUAAACCGUCGCAAUGCCGAAGAAUAUGAUAUGAGUCCUUUGGCGACUGCAGCCUCGAAAGGCUAUGAAGAAAUAUUCCGCCUUAUCCUUUCUCACCCCUCGGUUGAAAAGAGUACCAGAGAUAGUAGUGGCCAUGGGAUUCUUAAGCACGCUGCCGCGGGCGGAAAUAUCAACAUCGUGCGAGAAGUACUCAAAUGGCCAAAUGUAGAUGUCAAUUUGCGUGGCGCCGACGACUCUACCCCUCUCAUGUGGGCUGCCUUGUAUGGCCACGAGUCGAUUGUUAGAAUACUGAUCGAUGAAGGUGCGGCAGUGGAUCUUUUCACGAGCCAGCUACACCUGCAAUUGAUGCGACUGCUAGGGUCCGAUCCCACUGAUGUGGCCCCCAGCAUUGAGCUUCUGAAUGCCAUGACGGGAAGAACAGCGGUGCUGGUUGGCUCAUCAGCGCUUGAUGCCGCAGUACAUGGUGGCCAUGAGGGCACCGUAAAGGUGUUGAUGGAACACCCUGAUGUUCAACUUGACCAAUAUGACUUCGAUGACCGGACUCCCUUUGCCAACGCCGCUCUCACGGGGCACGCCGGUGUCGUGAAGCUCCUCCUGGAGCGAGGUGGUGCGACCAAUGAAUGGUCACGAGAUAUUACCGGCUGCACGCCAUUGAUUCUUGCCGCUCGGGCAGGCAAUGAGGAUGUCAUCAAAGUUCUGCUGGAGCAUUCGGAUGACCCUCUCAACUGCUCAGAUCGCGAAGGCCAUUCGGCGCUGGUGCAUGCAGCAAAGGCAGGCCACAAAGGUGUGGUGGAGUUGCUGCUGAAACACCCGAAAAUUGAGGUUGACUGGGCUCUUGCGGCGGCGGCGGGUGAGAAUAAUAAGGCGAUUGUGCGCAUGUUGCUGAAUAGGAAUGUGGUCAAGUCUAAGCGUGAAAUACAGCGAGCUUUGCUGUUCACAGAAGAAGCCCGACUGGAUGAAAUGCAUGCCUUUCUGGUUCCAUACCUGGAGACAAUGCCCGAAGAGUGAACAGAGAGUGAUUGUUGGUAGGUUUGUUAUCAUUGCCAAACUCUCCAUGGAGCUUAUGAAUGAACGACUUCUAUAAAUACAAAAUCCAUUCCAGCUAUGC